CUCCUCGUCGCCAAACCACCUUGCGUUUGUGCUUGGUCAAACACCGGUGUACAACCGCUCAACCAGGAUUCCGUAGUCACAAUUCUGUGGAUUAUGAGUCGCAUUAGCCAGAUACCUUUGUUAUAGCUAGCUGACUGUCUUCAUUCAUUCGCUCUUUUUACAUCUCACAAUAACUAGACGAUAAUUUUCCUUUUAAAUAGUUAUUUACGGCAAGACUUCAGCAGUUGAAAUACGGCACUGUGAAAUAUGUCAGUGGUGGGAUUUGAUGUGGGCUUUCAGAGCUGCUAUGUUGCUGUAGCCCGAGCUGGAGGAAUUGAGACGGUAGCCAACGAGUACAGCGACCGAUCCACACCAGCAUGUGUGUCAUUUGGACCGCGAAAUCGGUCAAUAGGAGCAGCAGCCAAAAGCCAGGUUGUAUCCAACUGUACAAACACAGUUCAGGGCUUCAAACGAUUCCAUGGCAGGGCGUACACCGAUCCGUACAUCCAGUCAUCCAAGCCCAGCGUGGUUUAUGACCUCGCCCAGAUGCCCUCUGGGACAACUGGUAUUAAGGUGAGGUACAUGGAGGAGGAGAAGGUCUUCAGCAUUGAACAGGUGACUGGCAUGCUGCUGACCAAACUGAAGGAGACUGCUGAGAGCGCCCUGAAGAAACCUGUCGCUGACUGUGUCAUAUCUGUGCCCAGCUUCUUCACUGAUGCAGAGCGCAGAUCUGUCAUAGACGCAGCUCAAAUCGCUGGGCUCAACUGCCUACGACUUAUGAACGAGACCACUGCGGUUACACUGGCAUAUGGGAUCUAUAAACAGGACCUCCCUGCCCCUGAGGAGAAGCCCAGGACCGUGGUGUUUGUCGAUGUGGGCCACUCUGCCUAUCAGGUCUCAGUCUGUGCCUUCAACAAAGGAAAGCUGAAGAUUCUGGCCACUGCUUUUGACUCUGAGUUGGGAGGCAAGGCCUUUGACGAGUUCCUCGUGAACCAUUUCUGCGAGGAGUUUGCAAAGAAAUACAAGUUGGACGUGAAGACCAAGCCUAAAGCUCUGGUCCGCCUCUACCAGGAGUGUGAGAAGCUCAAGAAGCUGAUGAGUGCCAACUGUUCUGAUCUGCCCCUCAACAUCGAGUGCUUCAUGAACGACAUUGAUGUCUCCGCAAAACUCAACAGGGGCCAGUUUGAGGAGAUGUGUGCAGGGCUGCUGGCCAGAGUGGAGGCUCCCCUCCGCAGUGUCAUGGAGCAAACGAAGCUGAAGAAGGAAGACAUCUAUGCGGUAGAGAUAGUUGGCGGAGCCUCCAGGAUUCCGGCCAUCAAAGAGAGGGUCAGCAAAUUCUUUGGGAAGGAGCUCAGCACGACUCUAAACGCAGACGAGGCGGUCGCAAGAGGAUGCGCUCUGCAGUGUGCCAUCCUGUCCCCGGCCUUCAAAGUGCGCGAGUUCUCCAUCACGGACGUGACCCCCUACCCCAUCUCCCUGAAGUGGAACUCAGCCGCAGAGGAGGGACUGAGUGAUUGUGAGGUGUUCCCAAAGAACCAUGCAGCACCCUUCUCCAAAGUGUUGACCUUCUACCGGAGGGAGCCUUUCUCCCUGGAUGCAUACUACAACACCCCCAAAGAGCUGCCCUACCCGGACCCCACAAUAGGGCAAUUUAUGAUCCAGAACGUGGUUCCUCAAGCCUCUGGCGAGAGUUCCAAGGUCAAGGUGAAAGUUCGGAUUAACGUCCAUGGGGUGUUCAGCGUGUCCAGCGCCUCCCUGGUGGAGGUCCUCAAGCCUGCCGAGGGGGAGGAGCCUAUGGAGACGGAGCCAGCUGCCAAGGAGGAGGAGAGUAAGAUGCAGGUUGACCCUGAUCAACAGAAAGCCCAGGGUGACAACCAGAAAGAAAAUGGAGACAAGAAGUCUGAGACUGAAGACAUGGAGACGACCACAGAGGACGCCAAACAGGAGAAGAAGACAGACCAGCCUCCACAGGCCAAGAAGCCCAAAGUGAAAACAAAGAUUGUCGAGCUGCCAAUCGACAACAGCCUGCACUGGCAGCUAGCCAACGACACACUCAAUCUGUUUGUAGAGAGUGAGGGCAAGAUGAUCAUGCAGGACAAGCUGGAGAAGGAGAGGAACGACGCCAAGAACAACGUGGAGGAGUACGUGUACGAGAUGAGGGGCAAGCUUCACGGAGCGCUGGAGAAGUUUGUCGGAGAGGCGGACCGAGACACGUUUUCUCUAAAGCUGGAGGACACAGAGAACUGGCUGUAUGAAGACGGCGAGGACCAACAGAAACAAGUUUACAUCGACAAACUGGCCGAGCUCAAGAAUCUGGGCCAGCCCAUCCAGGACAGGUACAUGGAGGCCGAGGAGAGACCAAAAGCGUUUGACCAUUUGGGCAAACAGAUCCAGCAGUACAUGAAAGUUGUCGAGGCAUACAAGACAAAGGAGGAACUAUACGAUCAUCUAGAUGAGGCCGAUGUGGACAAGGUGGACAAGCUGGCUAGUGAUGCCAUGAUCUGGAUGAACAGCAAAAUGAACCAGCAGAGCAAACAGAACCUGACCCUGGAACCUGCAGUGAAAGUCACAGAGAUCCAGGCCAAGAUCAAGGAGCUCUUCUCCGCCUGCAACCCCGUGGUCUCCAAACCCAAACCUAAAGUGGAGCCGCCCAAGGAGGAGAAGGGGGAGCAGAACGGCCCGGUGAACGGACAGGAAGACCCGGACGCCCAGCCGGGCAGCCCGGAGAAGACCCCCGGGGCGGCAGACACGGCCCACCCAGAGACUGCUGAGAAGAAGCUGCCCGAGAUGGACAUUGACUAACUUCCACUGCUGCAAGCCACACCUCCAUCCCUCAGCCACACCUCCUCCCUCAGCCACACCUCUUCCCUCAGCCACGCCUCCAUCCCUCAGCCACACCUCCAUCCCUCAGCCACACCCCCUCCCUCAGCCAAACCUCC